AUGGAGGGUCAUCGCGCAGGCCCCUUCAAGCAGCGCAAUAAGGCGCACAAAAGCGGGAAAAAGAAAUCAGCUCGUGAUUUAACAAACGGUGGUCGUGUCCGUACGACUUCAGUCAGCUCACUCCGUUCACUAAGCUCCAAAGGAGGCUCAACAAUUGCUCGAAGUGUUCGUAAGAAUCAGUUGGCACAGCUGCGAAAGUUGAAAAGAGAAGAAAUUUUAAAUGCUCGCCGAGGCAUUGCUGUGGCUCCGGUUCUGGUGGCAGUACUCAAUCUGGCUGAUGAUGGCAUCAACGAGUCUCUUUUCGCUCAACGUCUUGAAAGCUUUGAUUCGUCGUCCAAACUCUUCACAUCAAAACAUGGCAGUUACAUUCACAUUGAAAUGCCAAAAUUUAGGACCAGUUUUCAGGUGGUCAUGCUCAACAAAACGGAUCUUUAUGGUGCCCUUGAUUUGGCGAAAAUUGCUGAUAUCCUUUUGUUGAUUCACUCUACUGACACGGAAGCCCAGCAGCAAAGUGAGGCACUGUACCAACUUGAAGCAAUCUACAAUCAUUGCUUGCCUCAAACUGUCCACGGCGUUUUCGGUCUUGAUUCCGUUUCCAACAGCAAAGAAAAGGACCGGGUUCGAAAAAGUAUUCUCGAGCUCAUUGAGAGACAGUACCCCGGAACUAUUGACAACGGCAAUACAGCUAAACUGCGCCAGCUUGAUUCGCCACAAGAUCUUUUUCAAUUCUUUCACUAUUGUUCCAAUGUUAAACGAAAGCCAAACAGCUACUGUACGCGACGAUCUCAAUUGCUAGCUGAAGAGAUUCAAUUCGAACCUGACCAUGACUCACAGGACAAGGGCUCAAUGCUGGUGGAUGGGUUUAUUCGCAACACCGCCUUCAAUGUCAACUCGUUGGUUUACGUGCCCGAGUUUGGUGAAUUUCAACUUGAAACGGUGGAAGUGAUUACUAAUCCCUAUCAAUCGCGCUCUAAGCCUUUCCCCAUGGAAGGCUUUCGAGAUGAUGCCGAUCCUGAACUCCGACCAUCGUUGGACGAGCGUGAAAAUCCAGUGGAAACUUUAUAUGAACAAGAAAUGGCUGAUCUAGGAGAUGGCGACCAUAAUGAUCUGGCUCUCAAGACAGUUCUUGCGACAAAAGUUGAGAAAAGAAAGCUGCCUAAAGGAACCUCUGACUACCAGGCCGCGUGGAUUAUUGAUUCGGACGAAGAGAAGGACAACGAUGAGGAAAAUGAGGAGGAAGAAUCGGAAAACGAUGACUCUGAAAUGUUGGACGUAUCAGCUGUCACUGGGGGGACUUUGAAAAAGGGAAAAUCUGUACAAUUUGCCCCAGUUGAUCAAGUGUUUGACGAGUUUGAAAGUAACGCCAGUGGACAUGUUGGAGACGAAAACGGCGCUGAUGAAGAUGGAGUCACCAAUGGAGACUACGACGAGGAGAUGAACAUGGAAGAGGAAGAGUCUUCAAUGGCCAAAUUCAAAGAGCAGCGAAUGUACGAGCUGUUUCCCGAUGAGAUUGACACACCUGCGCAAGUGUCAGCUCGAGAGCGUUUUGCCAAGUAUCGUGGCUUAAAGAGCUUCCGAACCUCAACUUGGGACAUAAAGGAAAAUUUGCCAGCAGAUUACUCUCGGAUUUCGCAGUUUCAGAACUUUAAUCGCACCAAACGACGCCUGUUUAAAACGGAGCCUUGCGGUACUGAGCCUGGCUGCUACGUUCGCGUUCGAGUGAUCAAUGCGCCGCGAGCCAUGUUUGAGUACUAUCAAAGUCGUCGCCACAACAAACCACUGGUGCUGUAUCAACUGCUGGCUCACGAGCACAAAAUGUCAGUGCAGAAUAUUGUCCUGAAGAAGGUGUCAUCCUUUGCGGAGCCUGUCCAGUCAAAGGAAGAGCUGAUCUUUCACCUUGGAUGUCGCCGCUUUGCCGCCAAGCCAAUCUACUCGUCGCACACCGUGGGCGACAAGCACAAGUACGAAAAGUACCUUCGUUCUGAUGUUGCCUGUGUGGCCACCAUCUACGCGCCCAUCACUUUUCCGCCCACCCCUGUGCUCGUGUACAAGCAGUACGCUGAUGGACAGCAGGUUCUAGUGGCCACUGGCUCGCUCCUCGACUGCUCCCCCGAUCGACUGGUCAUUAAGCGGUACAUUCUCUCUGGCCAUCCCUUUAAAAUCAACCGAAGACACGCCGUCGUGCGCUACAUGUUCUUCAACCGUGAGGACAUUCUCUGGUUCAGACCAGUGGAACUGCGAACUAAGAGCGGUCGUGUCGGACACAUUCAGGAGCCGCUGGGCACGCACGGCCACAUGAAGUGUGUCUUUGACGAUCAGCUCACCUCUCAGGACACUGUUCUCAUGUGCCUGUACAAGCGUGUCUUUCCCAAGUGGUCGUACCGCACUGAGGGCAUCUCUGCACCAGCUUUUCUUCCGAUCAACGAUGAAGAGAUGACUGCUUGA